AUGUCGAUCUCAAACAAGAACGACUAUCAUCAGAAUAACGGCGUGAAAGUGGGGAAGAAUACUGAGAUUCGAGGACAUGUGUAUCACACUCCGACUACAAAGAAUGACGCCUUGAGCGAGAUCACUGGAACUGAUCUCUGGCUCAAACAUGAAUACAAACAGUUCACAGGGAGUUUCAAGGAGAGAGGAGCAAGAAACGCUCUGGAAAAGCUCACAGGAAAUCAUGCUCUUGCCCUGUCCUAUCAUGGAGGAUUGAUGGGAAUUCCUGUGACUGUCAUCAUGCCAACGAUCGCUCCUCUCACGAAGAUCGAGAGAUGCAAGAAGCUGGGUGCGCGAGUAGUUCUCCACGGCAUGCACAUCGGCGAGGUCGGGAAUGAAAUGAUUGACACUUUCCAUGGUGCUGACUUUCUCUUCGACGAUCCUCCUAUCUGUGCUGGGGCAGGAACUAUCGGGCUUGAGAUCCUUGAACAGGUUCCGGAUGUAGAUGUGAUUGUUGUGCCUGUCGGGGGGGCGGGACUCAUUGCCGGCAUCGCCAUGGCCGUCAAGACGUUGAGGCCAGAAGUUCAGAUCAUCGGUGUCGAGCCAGAGAAGGCAGCUUCUUACACCAAAGCAUUGGAAGUUGGAGAGCCAACCCCUGUUACCAUCACAAACACUCUCGCAGACGGUCUUGCUGUCCCUACUGUUGGGCCCCAUUCUUUCGCUGUCGCCAGGCACUUCGUCGACAAGACUGUCUUGAUCAAUGAGAAGCUGGUUGCCCUUGCUGUUUUGAGGCUCUUGGAGCAUGAACGAGCUGUGGUUGAGGGAGGAGGAGCAGCAGGCCUUGCUGCUCUCCUUCCAGGAGGACCUCUGGACGUUCCCCAGAUGAAAGGAAAGAAGGUUGUGGUUCCGCUCUGUGGUGGAAACAUCGACAUCACCAUGCUCGGGCGAGUUAUUGAGCGAGGCCUCGCCGCUGAUAGAAGACUUGUGCGCUUUGCGGCGACUGUCUCCGAUCGCCCAGGGGGACUGGCCGCGCUCACUCAGAUCAUCUUCUCUGCCGGCGCUUCCGUGUGGGAUAUUGCCCAUGAGAGAGCAUGGCUCCACACCUCUGUGGACCAGGUGGUUAACAAGGUUGUUGUCGAAGUCUCCGGCCACGAGCAUGAGAUGAGGCUGAAGGCGACCCUGGAGAAGGCCGGGUAA